UAUUUUUUGGAAAUAAUUUUUACGUUUCAUGAAAAACGUGGUCCUCUUUCUUAUGUAUACCGAAAGUAUCUGUGUUACCACUACUAUAUUAUUACUCUGCGGUAUUUUAUUUGCUUAUACUUUUAUUAAGUAUAUACCAGCAGUUCCGUUAUAAGCCAAACUGACUUAUCUACAAAGCAGCCAUUUAAGUUUUCAGUGUCUGAAAUUAACUCCCCCCAAGCGUAGCUUGGGCGGAAUUCGUAUCGUAACACAUUACAAUUUAUAAUGCAUUUUGUAAGACUAUCUAUACAAAAUAUUUAUAUUAUUCUUUUGAGAGUAUAAUUUAAUUCCAAACGAGAAAGAAAAUGUUGAGAUUUCUUUCGCGACGACGAGCACGUAGUGUAACUGGGCAAAACACCUCGUCCCAGAUUAAAAAUCAGAGGUUACUUAGCAAUAAAAAUGUUGUGCAAUGUAGAGUUGUUUUAUUAGAUGGAACUGACUUGCCUAUAGAAUUAUCGAAAAAAGCUCUGGCCAGUGAUUUAUAUGAACAGGUAUUUUAUAGUUUAGAUUUGAUAGAAAAAGAUUACUUCGGAUUACAAUAUACGGAUAGUAAUAAUGUUCAACAUUGGUUGGAUCCAACAAAACCGAUAAAAAAACAAGUAAAAAUCGGACCGCCAUAUACACUCAGACUCAAAGUAAAGUUUUAUUCUUCAGAACCAAACACAUUGCGCGAAGAAUUAACUCGGUAUCAAUUUUUUUUACAAUUAAAACAGGAUGUAUUAGAUGGUAAACUUCAUUGUCCACAUCAAGUGGCUGUUCAGUUAGCUGCCUUGGCUCUUCAAUCUGAAUUAGGCGACUAUGAUCCAACUAUGCAUAGUGCUGCAACGGUAUCUGAAUUCAGAUUUGUCCCAGGACAAACAGAACAAAUGGAAUUAGAGAUACUUGAGGAAUAUGCCAAAUGUUCAGGUCUCAGUCCAGCGCAAGCCGAAUCGGCUUAUCUCAGUAAAGCAAAAUGGUUAGAUAUGUAUGGAGUUGAUAUGCAUACGGUUCUUGGCAAGGAUGCAUGUGAAUAUUCAUUGGGUUUAACGCCAACUGGAAUACUUGUUUUUGAGGGGAUGCAGAAAAUUGGUUUAUUUUUUUGGCCAAAGAUUGGUCGUUUGGAUUUUAAAAAGAAAAAGUUAACGUUGGUAGUGGUAGAGGAAGAUGACGAAGGUAGAGGAGAACAAGAGCAUACGUUUGUUUUUAGACUAGUCAAUGAGAAGGCAUGUAAGCAUUUGUGGAAAUGUGCGGUAGAACAUCAUGCCUUUUUUCGUUUACGUGCUCCUGUCAAGGGUACCAGUGGUCGUCAAAAUUUUUUCCGCAUGGGAUCACGUUUUCGUUAUAGCGGAAAAACUGAAUUCCAAACUACUCAAUUAAAUCGAGCUCGCCGUACUGUUCAGUUUGAACGCCGACCGAGUCAAAGAUACGCGCGUCGACAAAGUCAUGUUUUACGAGAACGUCAACGCCAACAAGUAGAUCAGUUACAGCAACCACUUACUACCGAAGAAGAACCUCUGCAACGUCAGCCAAGUCACAGUAGUACAAAAUCGUCAGAUUCCAGUGUACAAGGGGCAUCAUCACCUUUGGUAGAUUCUUUGUUAAAAUCCCUUGCUAAAGAUCAACAACCUCUUGAAUCAAGAAAUCAAACAGCAGUUGUUAAUACUGAAAAAGAAUCUGAGCCUGUAAAAUCUACAUUACCUGUUGACAAUGCAGCUAAUCAAGUGCAAUUAGUACCUAAUAAUCAAGUCGGUGGUACUUCAUCUUUACCACCUCGUACUCCAAUACCACCAGAAUCACUUAAAUGUAAUAUAUUGAAAGCAAAAUCCCUUGAACAGGGUAAAAAUUCCAAUUUAAUUUCUAUUACGUCUGUGGACCAAUCUGCAGUUACAGUAAAAAACAGUCAGCAUACUGAUGCGGCAACUAUUGUUUCAGUGGGCGGAGAUAAAUUAACACUUUCCGUUAGUGGAGCUGAAGUAAGCCCUUCAUCAGAUUCCACUGUAACCGUAACACAUUUCUCCUUGGACAAUUGGGGCCAAAUAGAACAAACAACUACACCAUUAAAUCCAAAAUCAAAUCAAUCUCAAAAUCCAUUCAAUCCAUUUACUACCGAUAGUAAAAACGAAGCUACUAAUGAUGGUUCUGAUAUUACUGACACAGUCAAUACAGAAGAUGAAAAGAAAACGAAUACAAAUCCUUUUAUAGAUUCUAAUCCAUUUUUGGGUUUACUAAACCCAUUUAAAGAAUUACAAACAACAGUGGAAAAGAAAAAUGAGCCAGAUACUAAUGAUAAAACAGCUCAAGCAAGAGUUGUUAAAACUGAAGAGAUUCAAACUAUAAGAACAACGAUUACACACAAGGAUGAUAGCCCAGCUGUAUCUGAUAUCAGUCCAUGGUUAGUAGCAGAUCCAUCUCAAGCUCCAACAACAGAACAAUCACCAGGCAAACAAACAGUCAUAACUAGAAAAACGGUAAUAACGACACAGCUAUAAAUUAAUAAUUAUAUAUUUGUUAUAUCCUUUUAUUUUUACACACAACACAUUCCUAUUAUAUACUUGAUGAAAUAAUGGCAGCAAAUUAAUAUGAUUUCCUUUUCAGUAUAUUUAUUUGUU